AAAAAACACCCAAAAAGUCAACAAACAAAAAACAAACCACCACCCCAAAUUACAGCAAUUACUUGAUCAGGACAUUUUCACUUCCUAUUUUGGGAGAGAGAAAUUCCCCAGGUCAUCUGACCUCUGUUGAAACUACACCAGGAAGAGGAGCAGCAGCAGUUGACAAGGGCAGGGCGUUCUCUGGCUGUACAAAAGCCUCCCAUGGGUGAGCCAGAGCUCAGAGCAGCCCAGGGAUGUGCAGGUGUGUGUACACAUAGCAAGGUGAGCUGCGAGUAUCCUGCCAGCCAGAUCAUCUCUUGCACAACUCUCCAGUCCUGCGCGGCCCGGCGGUCCUUUCGCUGCUUGUUUCCAAACAUGCCUCCAGAGCAGACCUUCUGAGGAGCUGUUUCCUCACAUGCUGUUUCCUUAAACGCUGCUGAAAGCAGUUCUCUCCGAGAAGAGGUGGCAGCUAGCAGCAUGGUGGGAAUAAUGGCAAUGAGGACAUGGAUUGAGCCGGUGGUCGCGGGUUCCCAGGUGGCCAGCGCCUUCUAUGACACAGCGCUGCUGCUGGUGGUGAAGAACUACUACAACCAGACCAACAGCACUGCUCCCGCCCAUGUCCUGGAAGAUGCUCAGCAGAAGGCUGUAUCUAAUUUUUAUAUCAUCUACAACCUAGUUCUGGGCCUGAGCCCACUGGUGUCAGCCUAUGGCUUGUCCAAGCUGGGGGACAGGAUACAUCGCAAGAUCCCCAUCUGCUUCCCUCUUCUUGGUUAUUUGGGCUCCAAAACUCUCCUGCUCCUCCUGAUUCUGCUGGGCUGGCCAGUGGAGGUGAUGUAUGGGGCUGCUGCCUUAAAUGGGCUGACAGGAGGCUUCACCACACUUUGGGCAGGCAUCAUGGCUCUGGGAUCCCUGGGGUCCUCUGAAAGCAAGAGGUCUCUGCGGCUCAUCAUUAUUGAACUGGUGUAUGGCCUGGCUGGCUUUCUGGGAAGCAUGGCAUCUGGCUAUCUCUUUGUUGGCUUCAGCAACCGCUACCGAGAAGGCACCGUGCUGGUGUGCUGCAGCAUUGCUUGCUAUGCCUUUUGUCUCCUCUACAGCAUUUUUGUCCUCACAGUCCCCAAGCCAGCAGCUCCCUGCCCAGCCAAAGCCAAGAGUGCAGAGGAGGUGGGUGGUCAGCUACCAGAAGCAGUGGUAGCAGGGAGCUCCCAGCCUUCAGAGAGCAGCAUCUUCACUCCAGUGUCACCCUCGAAGCUCAUCAUCAUCCUGCUGUUUGUGGCAGCAAUCCUCUAUGACCUGGCUGUGGUUGGUGCCAUGAACGUACUCCCACUGUUCUUGCUCAGGGAACCUUUAAGUUGGAACGCUGUGGAGAUUGGCCACGGCAAUGCUGCUGGGUAUGUGAUCUUCAUUACCAGUUUCCUAGGGGUGCUUGUGUUCUCCAGAUACAUGAGGGAUAUUACCAUGAUCAUGAUCGGAGUAGCUUCAUUCAGCGCUGGCAUCCUCAUCAUGGCCUUCGUGCAGUGGACGUUCCUGUUCUACAUUGCACGGGCAGUGAUGCUCUUUGCCCUCAUCCCCUUACCAACCAUCAGAUCCAUGUUAUCUAAGCAUGUUGAAGGAUCAUCCUAUGGUAAGGUGUUUGUCCUGCUGCAGCUGUCUUUAGUCACCACGGGAGUAGUGACAUCUACAGUCUACAACAAGAUCUAUCAAAACACACUGGACUGGUACAGCGGCUUCUGCUUCAUUUUGUCUUUUCUAGUCGGCUGCCUGAGUCUCCUCCCUUUAAGCUUUGUGGCCAUCAAACAAAGGUCAACCACUGGCUCCCUUGAGAUUCUGACUGAGUAACAGAGGCAUCUUCUGGUUGUUGUCAUUAGUCCCUACCAACACAAUAGGGUACAGAGCAUUUGUAUUUCCACUUCACAGCAUGCCACAACCUCUCAGCCACUAAGCCUUUCGCCCAAGAAGAGAUGUUUGCCUUGUUAUUUCUGCAGCACACCCCCCAUCCUGUAGAGUAUGUGCAUUAGCUAUUGCACACCAGCAGUCCUCAGAGCAUUCUGCUCUUUGCUACGCUGGUCAGCAAUACCAAAGAGGCACAAGGAUAUAGGCUAGAAAUGAAAGUGGCAUUUCCAGACACAUCGUUCAGAGUGGAAGCAGAAAGCAGAGGAUUGGUUUUCCAUUCGUUCCUUCUUGUUUGUUCAUUCAGAAAUCUCAGGGCAGUUCUGUGACUCUGGCUGCAAGCCACAUGCUACAUGCACAGGUCCAUCAGCAGGACACACCAGCUCGCCACCUCCAGCAGAUGUUACCAGCCCAGCCAAUUAAUGUUGUGUACAAGACCAUUAAAUAGAGAAAUAACACCAUAAAAUAUGUAAGAUUAACAGAACUUUAGUAAUCCCUACAAUAAAACACCCCUGAACAGA